GGCUGACGCCCAGAGCAGCCGGCGCCCGGCCCCAGUAGCAUGUGGGCGCCCCUGCUGCUGUGGCCCCUGGCCCUGGGGUCCCGGCUGGAGGGCGGCACCCCAACUCCCAGUGUCUACGAUGAAGACUGGAGCACAGGGGGAGGAGAUGGUGUCCAGCGGGGACCUUGGACCACUCCCCGGGGGCCAGCAGGAUGCCUACCUCGCUCCUUCCCCGGCCGGCUCUGUCCCAACGGCAGCAACACCCUGGAGCUUCCGGAGAGCUCGCAGGCGCUGCUGCUGGGCUGGGUGGCCACGAGGAUGGUGCCCGCUCUCUACGGGCUGGCCCUGGUGGUGGGGCUGCCCGCCAACGGCCUGGCCCUGUGGGUGCUGGCCACGCGUGUGCCCCGGCUGCCGUCCACGCUGCUGCUCAUGAACCUGGCGGCCGCCGACCUGCUGCUGGCCCUGACCCUGCCGCCCCGCAUCGCCUACCACCUCCGGGGCCAGCGCUGGCCCUUCGGCGAGGCCGCCUGCCGCCUGGACACGGCUGCGCUCUACGGCCACAUGUACUGUUCCAUGCUGCUGCUGGCCGCCAUCAGCCUGGACCGCUACCUGGCCGUGGUGCACCCACUGCGGGCCCGCGCCCUGCGGGGCCGGUGCCUGGCCACCGGGCUCUGCACCGCGGCCUGGCUGGUGGCGGCCACCCUGGUGCUGCCCCUGGGGCUGCGGCAGCAGACCUUCGGGCUGCCGGGCUCGGAUCGCCUGCUGUGCCACGACGCGCUGCCCCUGGACGCCCAGGCCUCCUACUGGCGGCCCACCUUCAUCUGCCUGGCCGUGGUGGGCUGCCUCCUGCCCCUGCUGGCCACGCUGCUCUGCUACGGGGCUACCCUGUGCUCGCUGGCCACCGAAGGCCAGCGCUACUGCCACGCGCUGAGGCUGACGGCGCUGGUGCUGGCCUCGGCCCUGGCCUUCUUCGCGCCCAGCAACGUGCUGCUGCUGCUGCACUACUCGGACCCGGGCCCGGAGGACUGGGGGAACCUGUACGCCGCCUACAUGCUCAGCCUGGCGUUCAGCACCCUCAACAGCUGUGUGGACCCCUUCAUCUACUACUACGUGUCGACCGAAUUCAGGGACAAGGUGCGGGAAGCGUUGCUCUGCUGGGUGCCCGUCUCCACCACGGUCUCCAAGGAGAGGGGCAGCCCGGCGACGGGCACCAGGUCCUCAUCGCUCGUCUGACAGCCCCUCCCCUCAGGAGGCAGAGCAACGAGGAGGGCUUGUCCUGGGCUGAACGGGUCUCCCGCCAAAGUCGUGUCCCUCAGGAACCUCUAAUGAGCUCGUAUGGAAGUAGGGUCUAUGCAGGUGUCAUUAGUUAAGAUGAGGUCACAUUGGAGUAGGAUCGGCUAAUCUCUAUAUAUAAAAGGCUAAUAUGCUAAGUGCACGACCGUCCG